AUGAGUCAACUUACUGCAGUUAGUAGAAUUGUAGAAGAACGAAGGGCUUGGAGAAAAGACCAUCCUCCAGGAUUUAUUGCACGACCAAUAAUGAAAAAAGGACAACCUGAUUUGUUUAAUUGGGAAUGUUUAGUUCCAGGAAAGAAAGGAACAAUAUGGGAAAAUGGUUAUUAUCCAGUAGAAAUGAAAUUUUCUACUGGGUAUCCAGCAUCCCCACCACGUUGUUAUUUACCAGAAGGAUUUUUCCAUCCAAAUGUAUUUCCAAAUGGACAAAUUUGUCUUAGUAUAUUAAAUGAAUCAUACGAUUGGAAACCUACAAUUUCUAUUAAACAAAUUCUUGUUGGAGUACAAGAUUUAUUAGAUAAUCCAAAUAAAGAGUCUCCUGCUCAACAACGUGCAAAUGAUUAUUUUGUUAGAGAUAUUAAAGCAUAUAAGAUGGAAGUAAUAAAACAAAAAGAACAAUAUUUAAAAGAUUCAUUAUAA